AUGGACCCCAAUCCAAACCCCACCGACGACGACGACCAUUGGUUCCCCGAAGACUGGCAUCACACCUCUUUCCCGGCGCUUCCCCUGUCCAACACCCAAGGCUUCGACAUUGACUUUCGCUGGGGAAGUACAUGGCUCGAUGAACAAGGUACCCCAGGGGUGGUUGCUGAGCAUGCGUCUUCAGAUGUUCCAAUGACCAAUUGGCAGAGUCUGCAAGAGAGAAACUCUCGAAUCGAUGCUGAAAUUGCUUCGACCGCAAUCAACCCGCAUCCUCACGACCACCCCCAACCCCAGCACCUACCACCCCAGCCAAGCCCCACUACCACCACCGAGCACCCAUCGAACAAGAGGAGGAGCCAACGCCAGCGCCCUGCUGCGAUAGAGACUACUGCUACUGCGCAACAAGUACCACAACCCAAGAAGAGCGGCAAGCAAACCACCGCCCGCUCCGACCGACGCCGCAGCACCACGCAGCAGCCCAGCUCCGCCGCGACCAGCUCCUCGACGACGCCCUCGACGAGCCAGCACCCCUACCACCGCCCGGCACACAGCUCGCGUCACAACCAGAGCAGCCGCAGCAGCCUCUCGGACGCCGUGCCAGCCUCGUCCACCACCACCACCACCGCCGGCAGCACCCCCACCUUUCUCCACCACCACCAUCACCAACCGGAAAGACAACCCGAUGGCACAUCAGGCCUGGGUGGUGGUGGCGGCGGCGGGGCACCUCCCGCCGUCGAGGUGAAGCUGGACUCGCCGUCGGCGCGCGUGCCGCACAAGGCUGUCGAGAAGAAGUACCGCGAGGGCAUCAAGGCCAUGUUCCGGCGGCUCAGCGCCGCUAUUCCAGGCCUGCCCAACACGCCGCACUACGGCGACAACGGCGGCAACGACUCGGACAACCCGGGCAUGCCCGCCUUCCUCCAGCACGACGGCGUCGGCGGCAGCGAGGCCGUCGGCCGCCCCCCGCAGCGGCCCACCAAGGCCGGCAUCAUCUCGCGCGCCAUCGAGUACAUCCAUCAGCUGGAGCGCGAUGCCGCCGACGAGCGCCGCCGCCGCGAGAGUGCCGAGGCUGAGAACGAGCGCCUGCGCGCCGAGGUGCGCGAGCUGCGCAGGGAGUUGGGCAUGUGGCGCGUCGGCUCGGGCAUGUUUUCGUAUGGGCAGGGCGCGGGUGAAGGCCUGGGAUGA